AUGAGCAGAAGUAGGGGAAGAGUCAUAGAAACAGUGGAAAAUGUUUUUUCACAGAGUGAAAAUAUUGCCUCAGAAGACAUGCUGUUUUCCUACAGAGGUAUUUUAUACCCUGCUCUAAUUAGCAGCCCAGAAACUUUGGAAGCUCUGAAAUCCUUUGAAACCAGGAGCGACGAUGUGAUUCUAGCAGGCUAUCCUAAAACAGGAACUAACUGGGUUGGCCAAAUCAUUGAGGAGUUGGAAUCAACAGAUGCCAAAUACACAGAAGAAGAAAUGAAAGAGAGAAUAAAUGCUGAAAAGAAGCUAGAGACAUUUCCACGUCUGGAAUUUGGAGAUCCUGGGAUAUAUGAGAGGAUGAAGAAACUGCCUUCCAGAAGAAUUAUAAUAACACAUCUACCACCUCAUCUUCUGCCCCCAUCCAUUCUCCAAAGCAAGGCUAAGAUCCUUGUGCUAAUUCGGAAUCCCAAAGACACAGCUGUCUCCUAUUACCACUUCUACAACAACAUGCCAGUGCUGCCGUCCUUCUCCUCCUGGGAUGAGUACUUUUCAGCCUUCAUGAAUGGGAAAUUGGCCUGGGGAUCCUACUUUGACCACUUACUGGAAUGGAACAAAUACAUUGACCAUGAGAGGAUCAUGAUAAUAAGCUAUGAGGAACUCAAAGAGGAUCAGGUAUUGGGAAUGAAAAGAAUUGCUGCCUUCUUUGAAUUCUCCCUGUGUGAAGAAGAUUUUCCCAGAAUAGCCAAGAAGACCACUUUCCAAGCUAUGAAAGAGAAUUCCAAGGAAACCCAUGGAAAGUUCGGGGACAUCCUCUUCCGGAAGGGGGUUGUUGGGAACUGGAAAGACCUCUUCUCUAAAGUUCAAAAUGAAGAAAUGGACCGAAAAUUUGAAGACUGCCUAGGAGGAACAAAGCUGGCAGCACAGAUGAAAUAUGAUAUGUACUGCAAGGCCUGA